AGAAUACUCAGUUUAGGAUGUGAGAUGAUUCCUGCGUGUUGCAGCCUCAGUGGACAUGAUCAGUGAGUCGUACUACAGCGAGACCAAACUCAUCAACGAAAAGAGGACUCAUGAUCAUUUCUUCAAACUUCUCCUCAUUGGUGACAGCGGAGUAGGUAAGACUUGUGUGCUCUACCGGUUCAGUGAUGAGGCGUUCUACAGCGAUUUCAUGCCAACCAUAGGUAUUGACUUUAAGAUAAAGACAGUAGAGCUGUAUGGUAAGAGGAUUAGACUGCAGCUCUGGGAUACCAGCGGUCAAGAGAAGUUCAGAACAAUAACACACUCCUAUUACCGGGGCGCUCUGGGUAUAUUCGUAGUGUAUGAUAUAACGUGUAGACGAUCCUUUGACAAUCUUGAUUUCUGGGUCUCCAACAUCAAGGAACACGGUUCAGAUUCAGCAGUGUUGUGUAUUGUGGGUAACAAGUGUGACGCAGAUACAAGACAAGUCACACUGGAAGAGGGACUCAAAUACGCACAGAAGCACAACUGCAACUUCUUCGAAACAAGCGCGCUAACAGACAUCAACAUCGACCAGGCAUUCCAGUACAUGACGGAAGCCGUUCUUCAAACAGCAAGCAAGAACCAAGCCAGCCACAGAGAUAGCCGGAUCAUGUUAUCCGGAACCAAGAAGAAGCAAGAGUGCUGUUCCGGUUAACUGGCGAAGAUUAACCAGCUAUGAUACGAUCAAUUACUGAUGAACGUUGCGGUGAUUCCACUAUGAGUACAAGUUCGCAGCAGAGCAUUACACGAUAACAAUCCUAACGAUCGUAAAUUUCGCCGGUGAUUCAUUGAGAUCUGUUGUAGGUUACUGUUUUCUGAGUUGUUGUAAGUUAAAUUAAAGUAUAUUCAAAGUUAAAUUGUAUAUGAGAUCAUAUAUGUCGAGUGCGUUCUUUUUUUGAACAGCGUUGUACUUAUCAUACUUUAAAA